UACCAGAAUAAGAGCGUGGAAAAGUAGUAAGAGCUGCUGGCGUUUCAAAAUGGCUGCUAGGGUUUUCAUCUUCUGUUGCAUCUUGUUCUCCAUUGUCUUCUCGGCCGUUGCAGAUGGAUCUGAAACUCAUGGAUCUGAAACUCCUGAUUCUGCCCCUGAUUCUAAAGAGUUCGUUCUCACCCUCGACGCCAGCAAUUUCUCUGAGACCGUCACCAAAAACCCGUUCAUCGUCGUCGAAUUCUACGCUCCUUGGUGUGGGCACUGUAAGAACCUCGCUCCUGAGUAUGAAAAAGCUGCAUCCAUAUUGAGCAGCCAUGACCCCCCAGUUAUUCUCGCCAAGGUUGAUGCCAAUGAUGAAGUAAACAAAGACCUUGCCAGUGAGUAUGAGGUGAAAGGUUUCCCCACUAUUAAAAUUCUAAGAAAUGGAGGAAAGACUAUCCAAGAAUUCAAAGGUCCUCGGGAUGCUGAUGGUAUAGUUGAAUAUUUGAAGAAGCAAGCUGGUCCUGCAUCUACUGAAAUAAAAUCUUCAGAGGAUGCUGGAAAUCUUAUUGGAGACACGAAGGUUUUUGUUGUGGGGAUAUUUCCAAAAUUUUCUGGAGAAGAGUUUGAAAACUUUACAACCUUAGCAGAGAAAUUGCGCUCUGACUAUGAUUUUGGUCAUACCUCGGAUGCUAAACUCCUUCCACGAGGGGAAUCAACAGUAAAGCAACCCAUUCUUAGGUUGUUCAAGCCAUUUGAUGAACGUGUUGUUGAUUUUGAGGAUUUUCAUGUGGAUGCAAUGGAGAAGUUUGUUGAAGAAGCUAGCAUACCCAUUCUAACUAUCUUUAACAAAGAUUCCAAUAAUCAUCCUUUUGUUGUAAAAUUCUUCAACAACCAGAAUGCAAAGGCUAUGCUCUUCUUGAAUUUCAGCAGUGACCAGUUUGAGGCUUUUAAGUCUAAAUACCAUAAAGUUGCUGAGGAUAGCAAAGGAAAGGGCAUAAGCUUUCUGCUUGGUGAUAUAGAGGCUAGUCAAGGUGCCUUCCAGUACUUUGGCCUUAAAGAGGAACAAGUGCCCCUCAUCAUCAUACAAACUAAUGAUGGCCAGAAAUAUCUUAAACCAAAUCUGGAGCCGGAUCAUAUUGCUCUCUGGUUGAAGGAGUAUAUGGAUGGAAACAUAAAGCCAUUUGUGAAAUCUGAGCCUAUUCCUGAAGCUAACGAUGAUCCUGUCAAGGUUGUUGUUGCUGACAACCUCCAUGAUGUGGUUUUCAACUCUGGAAAAAAUGUUCUGCUCGAGUUUUAUGCACCUUGGUGUGGACACUGCAAGAAAUUAGCACCAAUCUUAGAUGAAGUUGCCAUCUCAUUUAAAGGUGAUAAGGGUGUGAUCAUUGCAAAGAUAGAUGCAACUGCUAAUGAUAUCCCAAAUGAUGCUUUUGACGUUAAAGGUUACCCGACAUUGUACUUUCAAUCUUCAAGUGGCAAGCUAGUGCCAUAUGAUGGGAAUAGGACAAAAGAGGACAUCAUCGAGUUUAUCGAGAAGAAUCGAGAUGCUGCUGUACAGCCUGACUCAGUAAAAGAUGAGCUAUAAAGGUGGGAGUCGGGUGAUAUAGGCGAUGUUCCACCAACACAGGCCUUAACAGUAGUAACGAGAAAAUAUCCUGGGAUGGGAUCACAUAGUAGGUAUAUGAAUAAAUAGAAAACUUGUAGGCUUCUUUCUCGUCUUUUCUACAUGUAUUCUCUGGUUUUGGGGUGUAGGUGGUAGUAGCCCUUGUAGUUGCUACUUUGUAAUGAAAAAGGAGACUUGAAUGUAUAACACGAGGCCCUGCUUUGAGUUAUCUAUAGGAUGUGUAAAUCUGUCUUCUUUUUUUAA